AUGUUUUUAAGUAAAAAAAUCAAAAGGCUGCCUCACUUGUUUACAGUUAACCUUUUCUUUGCACAGGUUCUGACUUGCAUUGGGAUGAUCUUGUGGAACUUCGUAGUGAAGGAAAAUAACUUCAUUGGUCAGGUCCUGACUUUCACCUUAUUAUGUACCUCACUCUACAGCACUUUUAUAUGGCCAGGUUUGAUAGCACUCUCACUUGUGCUCUUGAAGUCUGAGGAUCUGAAAGUUUCACCGGGCAUGUUGGUCAUUGCGGGCUGGGGGAUUCCAGCUUUAAUAACUGCAGUUUUGCUCAUUUGUGGGGAAAAAAUGUUUGGAGUCAUUGAUGCAGCUUUCUUCUAUGGCAGAGCACAGAUAAUCUGCACCACAUUCGUAGUUGCCUUCAGCAUAUUCCUGGGAGGAGGCUCUCUUGUGUGUCUCAGCAGAGGAAGCUGGGCCCAAAAUGUCCAAACUGAAGAGGUGAACUCAUUUGACUCUCCAGAAGAUCCUUUGAUUGAAAAUGAACCCGAAAACCAGACCGUGUUUGAGACUGACCCCCCACCAAGAGAUCAAGGCAAAGAAAGGAAUGUCAGUGUGAGAGUGGGUGCGAGUCCACAGACUGCCUCCUUGUCCAAGUGGAGGAGCUCCAACAGGUUGCAGACAGACAAGUGGCCCGUCAUGUGUCUGCUUCUGACUGUCAGCCUGCUUGCUAAUUUGUCCAGCUGCGUGUGGCUGCUCUUUAACCACAAUCCUGGUAGACUCUACUUGGAGUUGCUCUUCUUUUGUGCUGUGGUCAACUAUGGACAGGGACUUCUCUCCUUUGCUCUUUUUGGGCUGGACAAACAUUUGAUUUUACUGCCAGUUAAGAGAUUAUACAGUCUGUGGUAUGGAAAACAAGAAGAGCAGCCACAGAGUGAUUUAUCUGAGGAGAUCAGGAUGACCUGCACCCAGUUCACCAAAUACCACAAGCAGCAGUGUUUUCAUGACAUCGUUAAAAAGAGAAGGUGUGGAAAGAAGACUAUGGUGGACUGUUUUCUUGGCUGUGAACUUGUUGAGUGGCUUCUGCAGGUUGGUUUAGCUCAGGACCGUGGCGAGGCUGUACUCUAUGGGAUGCGAUUACAAGAGGGUGGUGUGCUCCAGCACAUCAAGCAGGAAUACAGCUCCCAAGAUAGUCCGCUGUAUUAUCGCUUCAUGGCAUAA